AUGCCUGCUUACCAGGGGGAUGAUUUGCUUCCUGAUAUACGUGUACUGCAUAGAGUUUUCUGGAGUUAUUACUCUUUUAUAAGGGCCUUCAGACACUGCAAGCUAAUAGUGCAGGUGGACGGGACUCAUUUGUAUGGAAAAUACAAUGGUUGUUUAUUGGUUGCAGUCUCACAAGAUGGUAAUAACAACAUCGUGCCUAUUGUAUUCGCCAUAGUAGAGGGAGAUACUUCUUAUGCAUGGUACUUUUUCCUGAGUAACUUGCGUCAACAUGUGGUGACACAUGAUGGUGUGGGACUUAUCUCUGAUCGACACAAUUCUAUUAGGUCAGCUAUUGAGAGAAGUAAUGGGGCUUGGUCUCCUCCUAGAGCGUUCCAUAUGUUUUGUAUCCGGCAUAUUGAGUCCAACUUCUUGAGGAAGUUUAAGGCACCUUACUUGCAGAAGCUCAUCGUCAACAUUGGAUACUCGAGGACGAUCAGGGAGUACCAAAUACGCUAUGAACGAUUAAAGGAAUGGGGUGAGGCUUACACCAACUGGUUUGAUCGGAUCCCACGUGAGCAGUAUGCUUUGGCAUUUAAUGGUGGAUACCGAUGGGGUCAUAUGACCACCAAUCUUGUGGAGUGCAUCAACUCUGUCUUAAAGGGUGCACGCAAUUUCCCAGUGACUGCGCUUGUUAAGGCUAUAUUUUACAGACUGAAUGAGUUGUUCACUAGGAAAAGAGCCGAGGCUGAAGCCCGAAUUAAUGCUGGACUUGUGCUCUCUGAGAUGGUGACCUCCAAGCUGCAUGCAAAUCAACGAGCAUCGGGUAACAUACAGCGGUUGGACUGGCAAGUGUACGUUCAUGAUGUAUACAAGAUGGACCAAGUUCGAAGAGUAUAUAGGGCUUGGUUUAGACCACUGGAAAAUCCUGCAACGUGGCCUGCUUAUCAUGGCCCUCGAUUCGUUGGAAACCCGUUUCUCAGACGUGUAGCCAAAGGUCGUCCGAAGAUGACCCGCUUCUUGAAUGAGAUGGACACUCGUAUGUUGUGUCGCCCUAGGCGAUGCAAGCAAUGCAGUGCCGAGGGCCAAAGUCGUAGUAGAUGUUGCCAAGGCGGUGGACCAAGUGCAGGUCCAGCCGAAGAGUAG